UUGUGUGUAGUAGGUUAGGGCAGUGAGUUUUUGUUGGGGUAGGAUUUGAUAAUAUGAGUGGUUAUUAUUUUUAAUUUCUCAUAAUUCAUAAAUUCAAUAUAACAUAAGAGACUAUGAUGCCUGCUAAACCUCGGUUUGGGGAGGUGACUCUAACCAUUAACAAAAGGAAGUUCAAAGUUUGUGGCGACCUUCCCCCAAGCACCAGUCUGAGCAGCUUCAUCCGCAGUCAUGCUCAUCUCAGUGGUACGAAGACCAUGUGUGAGGAAGGAGGCUGCGGCUCAUGUGUGGUUGCUGUUAGAAGAGUCCACUCUGUUACUGGUCAAGAUGUUGUUUAUGCUAUCAAUUCUUGCCUGGUGCCUGUAUUGAGUUGUCAUGGCUGGGAUGUGAUGACAGUAGAAGGUAUCGGCAGCCAACACUCAGGCUACCACCCACUGCAGGUGUUACUGGCCGCUCACAAUGGCUCCCAGUGUGGCUACUGCUCUCCUGGAAUGGUCGUCAACAUGUAUAGCUUGAUGGAAAACCAGCAUAAAUUGACACAGGAAGAAAUUGAACAGUCAUUUGAUGGUAAUAUUUGUCGCUGCACAGGCUACAGACCAAUUUUGGAGGCCUUUAAAAGUGUGGCCUCCAACCCAGCCAGUGGCAAGGAGCUCAAGUGUCAUGAUAUUGAGGAUAUGCUCAAAGGCUGCAUAAAUGGUUGCAACUACACUAUUAGAUGUGAUCCCAAGAAUAUGUGCAAGGAUAAAAGUGAUUGCCUUCACAAAAACCAGUUUGAUGAAUCAGUGAAUGCGCAUCGCAAACCACACUCCGAGUCCUUGUUGGUAAAAACUAGUGUGGGAAAAUGGUACAAGGUGUCAACCAAACAAGAGGUUUUCGAAGUCCUCAAGAGCAUUGACAAAGAAUCCUAUCGCUUUAUAGCAGGAAACACUGCUCACGGUGUUUACCGAGACCACAAGGAAUACCAGAAUCUCAUUGACAUCAGUGAUGUGUCAGAGUUGAAGUCGUACGAUGUUAGUGACUCCAAGUUGAUAGUUGGAGUCAACAUGUGUUUGACAGAGCUGAUCCUGGUGUUACGUCAUGUCGCAGACAGCAAUGCCAACCUCUACCAAUAUACAGCAACACUGGCUGAUCACAUUUCUCUCAUCGCCAAUGUACCUGUGAGAAAUGCUGGUACAAUAGCUGGAAAUAUCUGUAUAAAAAAACAACAUCCAGAGUUUCCAUCCGACUUGUUUCUCUGUCUGGAAACUGUGGGAGCACAAAUAGUAUUUGAGAGAGCUGAUGGAAAAUCGUACACUGUAAGCCUGGUACAGUUUCUCUCAGUUGACUUGGACCAAGCACUGCUCAUGUAUCUGGUGCUUCCCCCUCUGGACAAGUCUCUCUAUUUCGUUCGCACUUUUAAGAUCAUGCCUCGAGCCAAGAAUGUCCAUGCUUACAUCAAUGCAGGAUUUUGCUUCAAAGUUGAUAAAGCUUCUCAAUUCAAACUAUUGGAAAAACCUGCAAUUGUUUACGGAGGCAUAUCUUCCUCUUUUGUGCAUGCUAGUGCGACAGAGUGUUUGCUAGAAUCUCUCAGCAGCCAAGGGAAGGGCCUCCUACUAGAAGAGGUCCUACAGGAGGCUGUGGAAUCUCUUCAGAAGGAGAUUCAUCCAGAGCCCCUGUCUCCAGAGGUCAAUCCUCAGUACAGGGUCGGCCUAGCAGUUGCUCUUUUCUACAAGACUAUGCUGGGUCUUAGUCCAGAGACAGUGGCGCCUCAGUAUCGCAGUGGUGCCACAAUACUCACUCGUCCAGUUUCUUCUUCUAAACGAGACUUUGACACUGAUAAAUCUGUUUGGCCUGUCAACAAACCGAUUCCAAAAGUAGAAGCUUUAUAUCAGUGCUCUGGGGAAGCCCAGUAUGUUGCAGAUAUCCCUCAGUUCCCUGGAGAGUUGCAUGGAGCUGUGGUGCUGACAACCGUUGGUAAAGGAACUAUCUCUGCUGUGGACUCCUCUCAAGCACUGCAAAUGCCGGGAGUGAUGGCCUUUUAUACGGCCAAAGACAUUCCUGGAGUGAACAGUUUUACUACUGGCUUUCCUGAUGAUGAACCUGUGCUCUGUGAUGGGAAAGUGUUGUAUCAUGGGCAGCCUGUGGGGAUAAUUGUAGCCAAGACUCAUAAAUUGGCUCUCAAGGCAGCUUCCAAAGUUGUUGUCAAGUACUGCAAUGUUGAAACACCUGCCAUAGACAUGAAGAAUGUGAUUGAACGUAAUGAUGAGGCCCGCAUCAUCUUACAAGCUGAGAUGACACCAACAGCCUUCCCAGAGGUGGCAGGAGGGACAGAGAGAGUGACAGUGAAAGGCUCAGUAGAUCUGCAUGAGCAAUACCACAUGACCAUGGAGCUGCAGACCUGUGUGUGUGUCCCAGUGGAGGAUGGCAUGGACGUGUAUUCCAGCACCCAGUGGAUGGAACAUGUGCACAAUGCUGUGUCUAGAGUAUUGUCCAUUCCUGCUCACAGAAUCAACAUGAAGGUACGUCGCCUGGGUGGAGGAUAUGGCGCUAAGUUGACCCGGGCCACAUGGGUUGCAACUCUGUGUGCUGUGGCUGCUAAACUGACAAAUACAACUGUGAGGUUCACCUUGCCUUUGGAGACUAACAUGGCUAUGAUGGGCAAACGCUAUGGCUGUCUCACAAACUACAAGGUAGAAGUAGACAAGGCCACUGGCAAGAUACUUAGCCUGGAAGGCAGCUUCUUUGAGGAUGCAGGCUGGUCAGAGAAUGACCCUGUAGUUGAAGGCACAAUGAUGUGGCUGCCUAGUGCUUACGACUCUAGCACCUGGAACUGGAAAGGAAACAUCGUGAAGACAGACAAGGCCUCCAACACUUGGUGUAGAUCACCAGGUUCAACAGAGGCCAUAGGAACGAUAGAAGUUAUCAUGGACAGCAUCGCAACGAACACCGGACUGGACCCUGUCAGUGUUAGGUUGGCUAACAUGGUACCAUCAGAGACCAAUCCUGUGCCUUCCAUGGUGGACUAUUGGAGGAAACACACUGACUAUGAUACUAGACUGGAGGAAAUCAAUAAAUACAACAGUGAGAACAGAUGGAAGAAGCGAGGCAUCAGUUUAGUGCCACUGACUUACAAGCUUAUGCUGGCGAGUCGCUACAACGCCAUGGUGACCAUCUACGCUGUGGAUGGGACUGUAGCUGUUUCCCAUGGAGGCAUAGAGUGUGGGCAAGGUAUUAACACAAAGGUGGUGCAGGUGUGUGCCCUGGGUCUGGGCAUUGACAUGAGCCUCAUACAAGUCAAACCAACAGACAUUCUCGUCUCACCCAACAACGAAGGCACAGGAGGAAGUGUGUCCAGUGAAUCUGUCUGCUAUGCUGUGAUGGAGUGCUGUAAAAAACUACUAGAGAGACUAGAGCCUGUAAGAAGUCUAUUACCUGCGGGAUACACCUGGCAAGAUCUCAUACAAAAAGCUUACUCUGAACAAGUUAAACUCAAUGCCUCGUAUCUAUUUACCUCAAAAGACAAUGUAAAGGAUUAUGACAUUUAUGGCGUCACAGUGGCAGAAGUUGAAGUAGAUAUCCUCACUGGACAGCAUCAGGUGAGGAGAGUAGACAUACUGGAGGAUGCUGGUGUCAGUCUUAGUCCUGAGAUAGACAUUGGACAGGUGGAAGGAGCGUUUGUGAUGGGGCUGGGUUACUACACACUAGAGAACCUGGUGUACAGUGACACUGGAGCAUUACUUACCAAUAGAACAUGGAAUUACUAUCCACCAGGUCCACUUGACAUUCCAAUUGAUUUUCGAAUCCAACUCAGGAAAAAUGCUCCAAACCCCCUUGGCGUGCUCCGCUCAAAAGCCACAGGUGAGCCCCCACUGUGCAUGUCUGUGGCAGUCCCCCUGGCCAUGUGUCGAGCCAUUCAGGAGGCUGAGGUCACUCCUUUCGUACAGGCUUUCAGUACUCCAUUAUCUCCUGAGAAGACUUUCUUGGCCAGCAAAAAUGAUAUUAGUUAUUAUAAGUACUCAUAGUAAUUAUUUUACCACUGACAUUGUAUGCAGCCUAAUGCUUUUUACUGUAUACAAUGUAGCUUAAGGCUUAGUUAAUAGAAUUGAUUGAAGGUGUUCAUUCGUCAAACAUUUAUCGGAUUUUAUAAUUUAAUAUAUUUCUUAAGUAGAGUAUUUUGAAAAUAUACAUGGCAGACUUAGUUUGGAAUUUUUUUAAGUCAGUGGGACUCUAAACUUUAAAUUCUUGAGUAUUGAAUAAAAGUGGAAAAAACAUUAAAUCAUCAUUUAUUUACCACAAUUUAUAUGAAAUUGUUAAGUAUUUAUAUGUGUAUACAGAGUGAGGUGGGUAAAUUGUUUCCCAAAAAACUAACAACAUUUUAGCAACAAGCGAACGAAAAGCAAUAGUAUAAGAUAUGUACGGCUACAAUACAUCCAGACAACAUUUAAUAUGUACAGUUAUGUUUAUUUAGAUGUUGUGCACGUUUGCUUUGGAAAGUAAAUAAUUUUCUUGUAUACUGUCAAAGCUAUAUUCAUGUUUUAAAGGACCCACGGGAACAUAUUUUUUUACGAUUACAGUGUAGACCAUAAGGCUGGUUACACCCUAGUGUCGUAGUCAUGGCACGUGAGAAAUAUUUCUUGAUCCUUUGAGAGUGAAAAAUUAGUGAUAUUUGUCAUAUCUAUAGAACUGCCUCUGUUACCAUAUAAGUAGUAGCAUAGACUAAGCAACACAAGUAGACUCCUCGUCCCAUUGUAAAUUUUGAAGCUUGUUUUUUGUGUCUAGUUCAUGUACGUCCACAUUGAUCGCUGGGGUAGACGAAAUUUUGUUUUAGGGUUAUUUUCAUGAUUUGUGCUAUACUAAUUGGUUUUUCAUGUAGGAGACCAGUUAUUGUUUAUUAUUACAUCGUUUUAUUUGGUUAAUUGAGGUUUUAAAUGGCUGAAAUAACAAGAAACAAAUUGUAAACUAAACACAUCCUCUACAGUUGGACGUACAGAACUAACAAUAAAAUUGGCUUCAGCUGUUCCAUAAGGAUGACAAAUCUACUAAGGGAGUAUGUUUUAUUUAUGGUAGUAGUACUCAUACAUUUUAUAACUAAAUCCAAAAUUAAAUACCCUAGUAGUAUAAAUAUAAGUAAGUAUAUUAUUUUUUACCAUUUAGUCAUUAGUCAUAUUAUUAUAGUGACUAUCUUAGUAGACUUUAAAAGAAAAAUAAUGUCAAAAGUUUUUGUUUUUUAAAGUUUCGGUGGUUUUGGGAUUUUAGGUUUGGUUGUGACACAUCACUAGAGUAUAGUUAAACACCUUUGAUGUUAUUCUACUGCUGGACUGUGAACACUUUAACACGUUCGCUGCUACGGCGCCAGGAGCUAGGAACGUUCCGGAACGUCACCGUUCAUUGUUGUUUAACGUUUCCAUGGAUCAGCCAGCUCGUCACGAGCGUCUUAUAUUUCCUUUCAGCUCAUGGGGACGUACUUUUCUGACAAUAAAAAAUAUAGUUUCCCAAAAUCACCACCAGGGUCGAUGGAACAGGGCUUUGUCCCACCUCUUUUCUGCUAGAUAGCGACACUACUUUACCGACUGCAACCUAGGUAGUGCUGCUAUCUAUCAGAAUCACUUAGUACUAUGUCCAAAGCCAGUUUUAUUGCAGAACAUUGCCCUCCAGUAUAACUAUUAUUGUUUUUACUGUAAUUCAGUGUAUCGGCGGCAAAGUUACGCAGCGGCGAGCGUUAGUUCAGCUCCUGGCGCCGUCCCGGCAUCUAGCGGUCAGCAGCGAACGUGUUAAGAAUACUUGUUGCACCUGAGACUUAAAGAAAUUUAUGGUUUCAGCAAAAACCAAAUUAUGUUAGAAAUUGUCAAUAGUUGUGUACAAUGAACAGAUUGUUCUGGAUUAGUUGGGAUCUUGAUGAUUUGGAUGUUCAAUUAACCUUACAGUAACCAUGCAUAAUCAACUUUAUAUGAAAACACAAAGCCACUGUGUUAUAUUAUUGUUCAAAGAGUUACUGGGUGAAUGUUUACUCUCCGUCACAUUACAGCAUAAGCUACAUUAUACAUUAUACAACUCAGUCAAUCCAAGUUGAAUGUGAAUCCAUUACCUACCCUACAUGUGACAUUAGUUCUAAUCAAAAAUUAUCUCAUAUCACUAAUUUAUAGACUUCUUACUAUUUUGUAUAAAAACACACAUGUUUUACUUACUGGACUGUCAUUCUUAGUACUUUCUUGGUAGUUAACACACAGUUCACAUAUUCAGUUUUAUUAUACAUUUUAUUUUGAUCACGAUAUAUGUAUAGCCCAUAUAGUUUUUAGUAUUUUAUAUAUAUUAUUUUCUUAUUUUAUAUUCUCACCUAUAAUAUUAGUAGAAUUAACCAUGGGUUGUUUCCGAAGUGUGCUUUAAGUGUAUUUACUAACAUUUCAAUAUUUAUAAUCCAAUCAAACACUAUGUUUUAUUUUUAUAUAUUAACUAGCUGUUUUGAAAUUAGGUGAAGUCCAGCACGCAAUUUACUUUCUUACCCUUAGUAUCAUUGACUAUUGGAGUAUAUGGAGAAACUAUUGUUUUUGGCAAAAUUUUUGAGUUUGAGUUUUGAGUGGAUAUAUCCAUUUUGGGUCCCCCUAGACCCAAAAGAAUGGUUUUCGAAGUGAUGUCUGUGUGUGUGUGGAUGUGUACAGAGCUACAGACCACACCUGUCGUCAGAUUUUGAUGAAAUUUGGUAUGUAGGUCCUAAUCCAUGGUAUCGCCAGGUGUCUUUUUCGUUUUUUUGAAAUUAUUAUUUUUAAUAGGGAUUUAAAAAAAAACAAUAACAAAAUAACAGAGAAAUAAGAUUUUCUCAAAAAUGGCCUGAACGAUUUUGAUAAAGAUUUAGUAUGUUAUAGUCCUUUAGUUUUUGAACAAAAUAGUACAAAUCCCAUUUCGGUAGAAAUUACGGUUCAAAACUUAUUGUAACUUAUGUUAUUUUCCCAUAAAAAAAUCCCAUAUAAUUACAAAAAAUCGGAUUUUGUAAAUACACCCGGUUUUGAUUAAAAUUAAUGUGUUAUGGUCGUUAUAAUUCUAAAAAAAAUAAUUCAACCCCCAUUCGUGUAACAAUUAGGGUUUAAAAGUUAUUGCAACUUUUUCGAUUUUUUUUUCUAUCCUACAAAAUUAUCUUAGUUACUCCCACCGCUUACCCAUGAUAAAGGUUGUUGACAAGCUUAUGGGAGAAAGUAUGUGUCAGAAUGCUGAUACCGUUUAUUUUUCAUUACAGUUGUAUCUGUUAAUGUUAGAAUUUGUGUUUAUUUCUAUAACUGCCCAUAAGAAUUGUUGGUUGUCUAUCCUUGUAAUUGAUUUGUAUCCUUGACCCAUAUUGGAAAUGGUUUUAAACAGUCCAAGAUAAUAAAAGCAUUAAAAAUCAUUUUCAAACUUCAGUAGGCAUCUGAUUAUCCUCAAAAAUGAGUAGCUGAGUGAUCGAGAAUUGUCAAAUUGUGAGUAGCCUAUGCAAACCUAACCUUAAAUGCCUGGUAAAUAACAACACAAUAAUAAUAAUAGUGUGGUAAUUUUGACAUUAACCCUCCGAGUGUCCCUUGUUUUGGCCUUAAUGUCUGCCUAUUUUUAGCUCAUUUGCAAGGUUUUAUUAAAACGGAUAUGAGAAGCUUAAAAACAAUGUUCAUUAUACUGUUCUAUAUACCAUUUUGUUUGGAAAAUCAUGGGCUUCAAUAUUAUA